CAGUGUUACCUGUCUGUACCCUCAGACUGUGUUUCAGUGCUCAGGUGUGUGUGUGUGAGUGUGUGUCUGCCUCCUGCCUGUCGUUCUGACUCGCCGUCCCGCUGCAGAGAUGUCGGAGGACGUAGUCGGCCUCGGUGCUGUGACCGUGCUGGGCGUCCUGGAGCAAGCCUAUUUCUCUCUGCAGGUGAUCUACGCCAGGAGGAAGUACUCAGUGUCUCCGCCCGCCACCACUGGACCGCCAGAGUUUGAGAGGGUCUUCAGAGCUCAAGCCAACUGUUCAGAGUAUUUCCCCAUCUUCAUCACCGUCCUGUGGACGUCUGGAGUCUUCUUCAGCCAAGGUGUGUCUUCAGUCUGUGGGCUGCUCUAUCUGUACGCACGCUUCAGAUACUUUCAUGGAUACUCACAGUCUGCACAGGGACGGUAA